AUGUCAACUUCUGUUCAUAUCUCUCAAUCUUUCCCAUUUUCUUCCUUAUUCUUGCCCCACCUCUGCAACCCAUUUUCGCAAAAUUCGCCGCGCACUCUUUACAAAUAUAUACCACGCCAAAUGUCCUUUGACAUAAAUUGGUCACAACUAGUAGAAGAUGAAUCCAUUAACAACUCCAUAAAAGAAUUCUUGGCAUCACAAUUCCUGAGUGUGUCCUUGCCUUCAUAUAUUGAUAACCUUACGGUAUCAGAUUUUCUGCUUGGAGACAAAGCUCCAGAAAUCAUAAUACGAGAUAUUGGCGACACUUUUGAAGACUUCUACGAAGAUGAAGACGGUCCACGGAAUGCUGGAGCUCCUACAACUACGGCUACCUCGGGAAUGGGAGAAAGUGAUUCGAGUGACGACGAAGAUACUCGAGAUGGACUCACGGGAGAAGUAACUCUUUCAGAAACCACAGAAUCUAAAACCCAAUUUGCUCCACAACCUUUGCAUCCCAUACCUACUAAACUAAGGAGGUCCCACACAACUCUGGCAGCCACCCCCUUGUCUUCACAUGCCCAUUUGAAUUCGUUGUACGCAUACAACCUCACCAAUGUGGGAUUGGGAACUCUUAAUCUCAACUCCGCCACACCCUCGGGAAGAGAUACACCUACACAAAUACUCAAUCAGAUGCGGACCGGACCGAAUCUGCCGCCAAUUCUGAAUACUCCCAUUAGUUCGCUGAAAAAACUGAAACGAGGCGAAAAUGACGUCCAGAUUAUAGCCGAGGUCAAAUAUAAGGGCAAUCUUCAUAUCGAGGUCACGGUGGACUUAUUCUUGAACUAUCCCUCUCAGCAUUUCGUAACACUUCCCAUCAAAUUGCAUAUUACCGGGUUUGAGAUUCACUCGCUCAUUUGCAUUGCAUACCUCCAAAAUGCAGUUUACUUUUCCUUUCUUUGUGACGUCAGCGACGAUUCACAGGCGGACUACUUUAACGGUGCUCACAUGGAGUCUGGAGGGAAUUUUGUGGAGUACGUUUCGGGCACAAAUAACAAGGAGAGAAUCGACAUCAUCAAGAAAGUCAAAAUCGAGUCUGAAAUUGGCGAGGUGGAAACUAAUGUCUUAAGAAAUGUGGGCAAGGUUGAAAAGUUUUUGGUGGAAAAAAUCAGAAGCAUAAUCAGAGAGGAGACCGCUUGGCCCAGUUGGCUAUGCUUUGACAUGAGUGAUUGA